UGUUCAUGAUACAAACUUUUCUUCUCAUGUAACAUUAAAACAAGAGAAAAUGUAUGAAGCCAAUUUUUUACACACUGGACUGCCCGUACAUUCUACUGACCAAGAUUUAUCAAGGUGUGAUCCUUACCUCGAAGACUUUUUAAAUCCAAAUGGCAUGAAUAAUAACGGCCCCUCUAUCGGCCAAUUACCGUCAACUACUUUAUAUGAGUUUGAGCAGUUUGCUGCUCAAAUUGCAGCUUUAGCAGCCAACAACCAUAUAACUGCUGCUAAUUCAUUUGACGCUUUCCAGUACACUUUUCCUCAAUCCUCAAGAAACAACAUAUUCACUGAACCUUUUUUCAACACAUCGAAUUCUUAUACUAUUCCUAAAGAUGAUUGUCCUAUAGCGACUCCUCCUCCUCAAAAUUUCCCUUCCAUGCAGGGUUUUGAUGUUUCUCCAACUAGCACAUUAAACGAGUUAAGUCCUUGCUCUUCGAUAGAAGAGUCGUUUGAUCAGCAAAUCAAUGCUAAAGUUGAUCCUUCAAUGUCUCAAUCUGAAAACAUGAAUAAACGUGUUUCAGUGGAACAUGAAUCUAAUUUAUCUGGUAGAUCUUUAAAAAAGAAACGAAAAAGUACAGAUGGAAUUUCUAAAUCCAUAACGAAAUCAUUAGAUGGUUUUAAAUCCUCUGCAACUAGAUCUUAUACCAAGAAUGAACCAAUUUCCGAAAAUCACUCCUCAUAUAAUGAAGGAACUACUUGCAUUGAUGGGUUAAGUAUGGGUUCAAGUAUACCAAGCAUAGCCGCUCAAAACUCUUUGAUGGUUAGCGCCGAUAUACCUCCCAAUUAUGUUGAUGUAUUUAGUCAACCUUCUUGGCCUGAAACUGCAAACCAGAGCUUUAUACCAAAUAUGAUUAAUUCAAGCAGAAUUACAGAUACGACUCAAUUUCAUAGUAUUCCAAUGCUUCCUUCAUCACGUGAUGCAGCGAAUUCUACUGCAAAGGUCGCUAUAACGCGACUCAAACCUUCAACUUCAACUAUUAAUUCAUUGCCUCAUUCCCAGAUGCAAUCAAAUAAACAGCAAAAGAAAGUUGCUCAUAACGCAAUCGAGCGCAGGUAUAGAAAUAACAUAAAUGAUCGCAUAAACGAACUCAAAAAUGUGGUUCCUGCUCUUUCCGCUACAAAAUUGAAUAAAGCUACUAUUUUAAGAAAAUCAACCGAAUAUAUUACAUAUUUGAAGAACAAUAACAAAAAAAUCAAGAACGAGAAUGAAGUAUUAAGAAAGAUGAUUGAAGCUCUUCCAGGUGGUGCUGAGCUAUAUAACGCUUAUAAUAUCAAAAAAAUGGCUGUUGAAAGUGUUGAGACUCCAUCGGAUACAUCUGAAGAUCCCGAUUCUCCUCCUGGUAUUCCUUCUAACCAUGAAGAAUUUAAUGAUUAUCUUCCACCAACUCCGCCAUCUGGAAACACUGGUUCAAGAGCAAUGAUGGCUUUAUUCAUGUGUAUGACAUUUUUCACGUCAUCAGGCUACGAUCAGUAUAUAUCCCAUCAUCAUAAUGAAGGCCGUGUUAUGGCUAACAAUGGAUUACCAAUCAAUACCAAGUCCGAAAUUCCAAAAGGAACUUACAAUCCCAAUGACGGUACAAUAACUAUUAAUAUUUGGUAUUUUACCAGAAUUUUCGCCUUCCUUAUGUGCCUGGCAUAUAUUCUUCGACCAUCCUUAUUUUCAAGCCAACCACGUAUUGUUCGUAAAUCAAAGUCAGUUAUCAUCUCUGUUUUAACGGCUAAAACUAAAGAUGCAACUGCACUCUAUUCGUCUCUUUCACGCCUUUCAUAUCGCUCACCGAUGAAUACAUUUGAGCUUUUAGUUGGCCUUUUUACUGAAUUUUUAAAAUUCAUCUCAAGAAGACUUUUAGGAUGGGAAAUUCUUGGCAGCUUUGCUAAUAUAGACUUGGAUGAGAGACUGUGGGAAGUUGGGUUAUGGGGCCGACUUGGUGAAGUUGAAUUAUGUGGUGGAAAUAAAAAAGCAAGUCGUCUUUCAAUUUUAUACACAUGUCUUCGAACAAUCAAUUUGUUGGAGCAUCCUUACACGAUACAGAAAAAUUUGUACAUUAGCUCCUCUCGUAUAUAUGCGAACGCUGCAAUACAAUUUUACAUAGGCCUUCAUUCUAUCCCCUUUUUAUCACGAAAAAUUGCGUCUUCCUUUUGGAAAUUGGCUAUUAAAGGAAAAAGAAGUAGUGGCCCUGAAGAGAAAUGGUUUGAAAUCGCUCUUAUCUGUGACUCAAAAAGUAAUAUGUGGAAAGUUGUAGUCAACAAGAUCGGCGACUACGCUCUUCAUUCACCAAAAAAAAAUGAUGAACCCAUUUCAAUCAUGAGAAAUACUACUAUACCGCUUAUUCAUGUUUCAGACGCGCAAGCUUUUAUUCACCUUAAAGAAACCUUUUCUAACUUCGUUUCUAUGCGAUAUGGUAAUAAAAAGAAUGCAAAGAAAAGUAAAUUCACUUUUGCUGAGUUACUUAGUGUCACUACACCGACAUCUCUGACACACUGGUACGCUUUGGUUGGAUGUGCCGUUCAGGCUUUUUCAGAAGGAAAACAUUCUCCUGGUGAAAAGUUCGUAACUAAGUUAAGGGAAGAAUUUCAAAAAACGGACAACAGCUUAAACAAGCAGAUUGUUGCUAUGGGUUUACUUUCUUAUAUUCUUCUAAUAUAUGGUAAAGUUGAGGCUUCCGUUCGUUGCGCCGAUAAAGCUAGUACUGCUGUAUCUUUACGAAGGAAAGAAGAAAAAACAGGCGUUGUUGAAGAUGGUUCAUCAGAUAAGGAUUCAGAAGUUCGAAAAAUAGAGCACGAUGUUCACACUCUUGCAGAAUUUUGCGUUGGUUGGAUUGUUUUAGAAGCAAGAAUAAUCGGAUGGAAGAAAAUUGAGGGUCUUUCAUUGGAAAAUAAAGAUGAAGUGUUAACUGGUAUUCUUGAUGUUGAGGCUCGUCUGAAACCUUCUCUUGAUAGUUGGAUACGUUAUUUACGUCGUUUAUCAAAAGCUGAAGUGUUUAACACAAUUCCAAAAUCUCGUGAAGAAUUUAUAAAGAACCUUGAGACUCUUGGAAGAAUUGUGGGCGGAAUAGAUGAUAGUAUUGACUUGAUAAAUUGUUUUGAUGACAAUUUUAUUAAUGAGGGAAAUUGCGCCAAUCAAAAUGAUGAUAAUAGGGCCGUAAGGGCUUGGAAUGCUCUAAAGGCAAUGUAA